AUGGCAACACAGCUCUCCUCCCACAAACGUAGGCUGACUAAUCAUUGCAACAAGCUAGAAACGGCAAUUUCGCGUUUCAAAAGUGAGAAAUUGGAAAGUUGGCCAGAGGACAUUCGUACCCCAGGUUAUGAAAAAGAGUACGGUAAACGUAUAAAGGAAGCCUUAGGAGCUAUUGAAGCUUGUUCGUCUAAGGUAGAACAAUUAUGGGAGGAAUAUGCAUGUGCUUUAGACAGGAUAGAAAAUGUUCCGAAGGUAGAAACCGACGACUAUGAUGCAUAUGCGAACAAAGCCGAAGGAACUCUAAAUUUAGCGCUAGACUAUACCGUUAUCCUACGAGGUCGUUUGAGAGCCUGCACAACAGCGGAUCAAGAUAGAUUCUCUCCUCCGCGCGUAGAUGAGAUGAAGGCGAGUGGGGUGGAUCAACGCGUAUUGUUGGAGCAACUUCAAGCGAUUGUGUCCCAAUUAAGAGGGAAAGGGGAGCAAGUGGACAACCAAUGGCUCAUGAAGCAGGUGUUAACCAAAUUCCCCGAACGUUACCAAAGGAGGGUCCUAGAAAGGAAGUAUUCCAUGGAGGAAUCCUUUCAAAUGGACACGCUCCUAUUGUGCCUGGAUCAAGUCAUUUCCACGGAGGAAAAAAUUGCACUCCACACUUCCAAAACAGGGGGAUAUGCUCCAGAAUCCACGAAAAAGGACCGAGUUCCCAAG